AUGUCUUUCUCUCUGCCGGCAUCAACGACAGCGUCCACAACCACGGCCUUAGCCACUGGUACAGCCACGUCACUCCUCUCCCUCACAACACCCUUUGUGGCACCACCCGACUGCGACAGUUUGUUCUCCACAACCAGCAUCGUGUCGAGCUUCUGGUGGAACAACUACACGGUUACGACAAUCGGAAUCACCGUAUCGGACCCAACGAACCUUCGUUUCGCCGACUGCCAGCCGGCCGGCUGGGAUGCGGUCGUCCCUGAGAGCCGCUUCUUCUUCAGCCCCGCCGUGUGCCCGAGCGGCUGGACGGCGUACAAUGUAGCCGCCUUUACCGAAACGCAGCGAUCCACGAGCACCACAGUCACGUACGCGUCGUACAGUACGGUCAAUACGGCGUACUGCUGUGCAAGUGACUACCGGCUCAACGACAUGCCCUUUACUGUCAUCCUGGCCAAUGUCGCAUCCAACAUGUGUGUGCAGCAGAUGGGCGUCACAAUCGAGACCCUGAAAGACCAGUACAGCUUUUCGGCUCCGGCCUCGGUCCGCGUCCACAACCCGUACCACAUCGCGUGGAACGCGGCCGACCGCCGUACGCUGUCACCGACGCCACCAGACAUCCUGACGUGCUCCGCCGUGCUCGUGACGUGGGUUCCCGGCGCGUCCGUUCCACCUCUCGUUUGCAGCGACGGCGAGCACAGCGACCCGGGUCGGAGCGCGGGACUGAAGGUUUUGUUCAUCGGAGUACCGAUUAUACUCGUGGGCGCAGCUCUGGUGUGCUGUAGCUUGUGUGUGCAUUAUUCGAGCAAAAAUCGGCAAGAAGAACGAGCUCGAAGAGAGAGGGUCGCGGAAACGGCUGCGGUGGAAAACAACUGA